GGGCUUCAAAGUGGAUUAUGUACGUAGCAGUGUAUCCAAGGCCCAAAGUAUGCAAGUGAAAAGAAAAUUAUCGGGUAAACGGAUAAAUUUCCGGGUCAAACAUUUUACACUUGCACGAUACAAAACACCAACGCCAUUGCAGCUCUGAAACUAGAACCCGAUAAACCCUAAACCUCAACACUCCCAAACCAAACACUACAUUUUCAAAUUUUGGAUUUCAAAUCCAUGGCUGUCAACGAUGCUGAUCAAUCUCACAAAGCUCACAGAACUCGUCAAGCUGGUCCAAAGAAGAAAACCAAAUCCAGGAAGAAGCAAGAUGGCGAUGGUGAUGAUGGUCAGAUUAUGCAAAACCCUAAAGCUUUUGCUUAUUCUUCAUCUAAAAAAGUUAAGAAAUUGCAAUCACGCGCCGUCGAGAAAGAACAGCGCCGUCUUCAUCUUCCCAUCAUUGAUCGUUCUUAUGGUGAACCGCCUCCUUUCGUUAUCGUUGUUCAGGGUCCUCCCCAGGUUGGAAAGUCGCUUUUGAUUAAGUCUUUGAUUAAGCAUUACACUAAGCAGAACUUGCCUGAAGUUCGUGGUCCAAUUACAAUUGUAUCAGGAAAGCAAAGGCGAUUGCAGUUUGUGGAAUGCCCGAAUGAUAUCAAUGGCAUGAUAGAUGCAGCCAAGUAUGCUGAUCUAGCACUUCUUCUUAUAGACGGAAGUUAUGGUUUUGAAAUGGAAACAUUUGAAUUUCUUAAUAUUUUGCAAGUUCAUGGGUUCCCAAAGGUCAUGGGGGUCCUUACCCAUCUUGAUGGAUUCAAGGAUGUUAAAAAGUUGAGGAAAACGAAACAACGACUCAAACACCGGUUUUGGACCGAAAUAUACGAUGGAGCUAAAUUGUUUUACUUAUCAGGCCUUAUUCAUGGAAAGUAUGUCAAACGUGAAGUUCACAAUCUUGCUCGAUUCAUAUCAGUCAUGAAGUUUCAUCCUCUAUCUUGGCGAACUUCCCAUCCCUAUGUUCUGGUGGAUCGUUUUGAAGAUAUCACUCCUCCUGAACAAGUGCAUGCAAAUAAUAAAUGUGACAGAAAAGUCACACUUUAUGGCUAUCUCAGAGGUUGUAAUUUGAAAAAAGGCAAUAAGGUGCACAUAGCUGGAGUGGGUGAUUAUGGUUUAGCUCAUGUAACUGGUUUACCUGAUCCAUGCCCUCUUCCUUCUGCUGCCAAAAAGAAAGGACUGCGCGAUAAAGAAAAGUUAUUUUAUGCUCCCAUGUCUGGGGUUGGGGAUCUUUUGUACGACAAAGAUGCGGUGUACAUAAAUAUUAAUGAUCACUUCGUUCAAUUCUCAAAAGUUGAUGAUGAAAACUUUGCCAUGACGAGUAAAGGAAAGGAAAGGGAUGUAGGGGUGGAUUUAGUGAAAUCACUUCAGAAUACCAAAUACUCGAUCAAUGAAAAGCUAGAGAAUAGCUUUAUAAAUCUUUUUGAUCAAAAGGGGAAAGUGUCAUCAGAAGCUCUAGGUGGCGCACAAGGUACAAACGAGGAUGUAGAGGAGGAUGGAAAAGUAGAAACUUCAGAUAAUAAUGAAAUCGAUUCGGAUGCUUCAGAGUCAUCUGACCGAGAUGAAGCUGAUGCCAUUACAAAUGAUGAUGGAAACCACUUAAAAGAAAAGAUUGAGUUUCACAAUGGAAGACAAAGGAGAAAGGCAAUCUUUGGAAAUGACAUUGAUCAAAGUGAUCAGAUGGAUUCAGAGGAAGAGGAAGAGGAAGAGGAAGAGGAAGGUGAAGAUGAAGAGGAUGAAGAUGACACACAUGAAGAUGACAUGGGAAAUAUUUCAAAGUGGAAGGAGUCGUUGGCGGAAAGAAUCCUUGCACGGAAAUCUCCUAGUUUGAUGCAACUUGUGUAUGGGGAAUCUACUAAUAAUUCGACCUCUAUGGACGAAGAGAAUGAUAGUAGUGAGGAUGAAGAAAAUGGUGAUUUCUUUAUACCUAAAGAAGAAAUAAAAAAGCAAUAUACGAGAGAUGGACUGGAUGAUGGAAUGGUCCACACCGAGGAUUGUUCCAAGUGUGCCAAACUUAUGAGCCAGAAAUGGGAUGAGAAAGAUCAUGGAGAGAUUCGCAACCGUUUUGUGUCUGGAAAUUUGGCAAAAGCUGCACGCAGAAAUGCACUUCAAAAAGCUAAUACUGAAGAGGAAGAGGAAGAUGAAGAUGAAGAUGUCUAUGGUGACUUUGAAGAUUUAGAAACAGGAGAAAACCAUGAGAAUUAUAAGACAGAUGAUGCUUUUGCGAUAACAACACAGAAGGGAGUUGAUAGAGAAGCUGAGGAGCGGAGGCUCAAGAAACUUGCUCUUCAUGCAAAAUUUGUUUCUAGAUAUGAUGAUGACCCCGAGACACCAGAGGAAGAUACUGGCAAUGAAAAUGAAGCUAAGUUCCAUCGUGAACAACCCAAUGAAAGUAACUAUAUUGACAAGUUAAAGGAGGAGAUUGAGCUACGAAAACAAAUGAAUAUUGCUGAACUGAACGAUCUUGAUGAGGAUACCAGAUUAGAGGUAGAAGGCUUCCGAACAGGGACAUACCUAAGAUUGGAGGUUCAUGAUGUUCCCUGUGAAAUGGUUGAGCACUUUGAUCCCUACCAUCCAAUAUUGGUUGGGGGUGUUGGUCUAGGGGAGGAAAAUGUUGGAUACAUGCAGGCAAGGUUAAAGCGGCAUAGGUGGCACAAGAAAGUCCUGAAGACCAGAGACCCAAUUAUUGUUUCUGUUGGAUGGAGGCGUUACCAGACAACACCAGUUUAUGCUAUUGAGGAUCUCAAUGGAAGGCAUCGUAUGCUAAAAUACACACCAGAACACAUGCAUUGCCUUGCUAUGUUUUGGGGCCCUCUUGCACCUCCCAACACUGGAAUAGUUGCUGUUCAGACUUUAUCCAACAAUCAGGCAACUUUUAGGAUUACCGCAACUGCUGUUGUUGUUGAGUUUAAUCACGCUGCAAGGAUAGUGAAGAAAAUCAAAUUGGUUGGUUAUCCGUGCAAGAUAUUCAAGAAAACAGCACUUAUCAAGGAUAUGUUUACUUCUGAUCUUGAAGUAGCUCGGUUUGAAGGUGCGGCUAUUCGAACAGUUAGUGGGAUUAGGGGGCAAGUCAAGAAGGUUGCAAAAGAAGAGAUAGGUAACCAGCCAAAAAGGAAGGGUGGGCAAAUCAAAGAAGGAAUUGCUAGGUGCACUUUUGAAGACAAAAUUCUGAUGAGUGACAUUGUUUUCCUGCGAGCCUGGACUCAAGUUGAAGUUCCUCAGUUUUAUAAUCCGUUGACAACAGCAUUGCAGCCUAGGGACCAGACCUGGAAAGGAAUGAGAACUGUUGCAGAAUUGAGAAGAGAACACAAUCUUCCUAUACCUGUAAACAAAGAUUCUCUUUACAAGAAAAUUGAAAGGAAACCUAGAAAGUUCAAUCCAUUGGUGAUUCCCAAGUCACUACAGGCAAAUCUUCCCUUUGAAUCAAAACCUAAGCAUACGCCCAAGCGAAAAAGGCUGUCUUUUGAUGAUAGAAGGCAAAAGGGUGUUGUUGUUGAACCUCGUGAGCGUAAAAUCCACGCUCUUGUUCAACACCUUCAGUUAAUGAAAACUGAGAAGAUAAAAAAGCGGAAGCAUAAGGAAGGGGAGAAGAGAAAAGUACUUGAAGCAGAGAGAGCAAAAGAGGAGCUGGUGUCGAAAAAGCGCCGGAGAGAAGAAAGACGAGACAAAUACCGGACACAAGACAAGCUCAAUAAAAAAAUUCGUAGAGCAUAGAUGGAACCAUCAUCAUCCCGCACAUUCCUUCAAAAGAGGAAAAGCGUUCAUGCAAUUGGAACUAUUAUGGAAAUCAAAUAGGAGCAAGCUUAAAGUAUCUUGGCCAUCGUUCAUGGAGAUUGUUUUUGAAAUGAUGGCACUGUUUUUUUUUUGGAAUUAUAGGAAAAGUUGUUCUUCACCUUCCCAUUUUUGUCUACGUCAAUUAUAUUUGUUUUGCGUGUAUAAAACAUGUUUUUGUUAGUUUUCUUCCUACCUCAUCCCGAGGAAUAUUAAUUUUUUGAGUAGACAUCUUUUUCUAAACAACUUUUAUGACAACUUUGUUUUUUUCUA